AACUUUUUGUCAUAUUCUUUAUAGCUACAUAUUACGAGAUGUCAGCAAUUUUUCGUUGUUUAAAUGGUAGAGUUAGAACUUUUUAUUUAAACCCGCCGUAUCAAAUUGCAAGAGUAGAUUGCAGAACGAAACAAUUAAUUGGAGAUCGAGAAGUUGUGGGUUUUGGCUACAACGGACAAGAAAGUUAUGCCGACAGGGUACACUAUCCAAUGCCGGCUAUCCGAUGGAGAGAAACAACUGCAGAAAUUAUCCAAUUACGGAAAAAAGAAGAAGGAGAUUGGCAUAAUUUGACAAUGGAAGAAAGGAAAAAACUGUAUAGAGCUUCUUUUUGCCAGACUUUUGCCGAAUUUCAGGCCCCAACUGGCGAAUGGAAGACAGUUAUUGGCUCCGGUCUGAUUUUCAUAGCAUUGUCCUUUUGGAUAUACUACUUUUAUAAGAUAUUUGUCUAUAGCCCUGUUCCUAUAACUUUUGAUGAGGAGCAUAGACGGGCUCAAUUCAGACGAUGGCUGGAUAUGAGGAACCAACCAAUCUUCGGUAUAUCUUCCAAAUGGGACUACGACAAAGAUGACUGGAAAAAAUAAAUUACAUUAGUUUGUAAUAACGUUAAUUUAUUUUUAAAAUGUCUUGUUUGAUAGAUGUGUUUGAUAUUAAAAAAGAACUGUUAAAAAUAUUCAUUAUUAC